GUCGUUGGAGUAGCUGCUGGAAAUUAUUGAAUUGAUUGCUGGUCCUUUUGCAGCUUAAUAUUUGAGAUCACAAACUGCAAGACAAGAUGUCUGGAAAGAAGGUUGCGAUUGCUCUUCUUAGAAAUGAUCUACGGUACCUUGAUAACGAGGUACUGCACAAGGCACACCACUCUGCCGAGCUGGUGGUCCCACUGUACUGUUUCGACCCGCGUCAUUUCGCCUCGACACACCACUUUGGCUUCCCGAAGACAGGCGCUCACCGGUCGCGGUUCCUGCUGGAGAGCGUGCGUGACCUGCGGGGUCGGCUGGCGGAGCGCGGCAGCGGCCUGGUGGUGCGCUCCGGCACGCCGGAGACGGCCGUGCCGGAGCUGGCGGCCGCGCUGGCCGGUCACAAGCUCUCGCUGGUACUCCAGAAGGAGGCCACCGAUGAGGAGGUGUGCGUGGAGCGCGCGCUGGUCGAGCGAUGCCGCGCGCUCGGUGUGCCCGUCCACACCGUCUGGGGCGCCACGCUCUACCAUCGCGACGACCUGCCGUUCGCCGUGAACCAGACGCCGGACGUGUACACGCAGUUCCGUAAGGCGGUGGAGGGCGGCGGGCGCGUGCGUCCGCCGCUGCAGAUGCCGGACCGGCUGCGGCCGCUGCCGGACGGACUCGAGUGCGGCCCGCUGCCGGCGCCGGCUGACCUCGGCCUCCCCGAGGGGGAGUCGCCCGGGGAGCCGCGCACCGCCUUCCCCUGGCCGGGAGGCGAGACGUCCGGCCUGGCCCGCGUGCACCACUACCUCUGGGAAACAGACGCCGUGGCAACCUACAAGGAGACCCGUAAUGGACUCAGCGGCGAGGACUACUCGACCAAGUUCAGUCCAUGGCUGUCGCUGGGCUGUCUGUCGCCGCGUUACAUUCACUCGGAGAUCGGCCGAUACGAGAAACAGCGGACGGCCAAUAAGUCCACCUACUGGGUGCUCUUUGAGCUGCUCUGGAGGGACUACUUCAGGUUCGUGGCUCUCAAGUACGGUAACCGUCUCUUCCACCUGACCGGUCUGCAGAACAAGGUGCCCUGGAAAAACGACAUGGAGGCCUUCAAUCGGUGGAAAGAUGGCAUGACGGGCGUGCCGUUUGUGGACGCCAACAUGCGCGAGCUGCGCCUGACGGGCUGGAUGAGCAACCGGGGCCGGCAGAACGUGGCCAGCUUCCUGACCAAGGACCUGGGACUGGACUGGCGGCUGGGCGCCGAGUGGUUCGAGUCGCAACUGUUGGACCACGACGUGUGCAGUAACUAUGGCAACUGGAACUACUCGGCCGGCAUCGGGAACGACCCGCGAGAGAACAGAAAGUUCAACAUGAUCAAACAGGCCAUGGACUACGACCCGCAGGGCGACUACGUCCGUCAGUGGGUUACGGAGCUGCGCUCGGUACCGGACGGCCGGGUCCACAUGCCGUGGACGCUGACACCGUCUGUGCGCCGGGACAUUGACUACCCGCAGCCCAUGGUGCGCGCUCCCGAGUGGCAGCGGCACGUGCCCGGAUCAGCGGGACCUGGGGGCCGCGGCGGCGGUAGUGGCAGAGGCGGCAGGGGCGGCGGCGGCAGAGGUGGGGGCCACAGGGGCGGCGGAGGGGGCGGUCCGGGACGCGGCCAGCGGCGCGGCAUCGACUUCUACUUCAGUAGCUCAGCGAGCGGCGACGGACGGAGGUAGCGGAAUGUGGGGUGGGGAGACAAGCGGUGGACGGUAGGACUUAGGAGCCGGGUGGGAUGGCGGACCGGGCUGAACGGAUGGCAGUCUAAACAUUGACGGCCGGCAGUGAAACGGCGACGGCGUUCGGAAGCGGUUGUGCGUAGUGGCGUAUGACUCUCGGUGCUUGUGUUACUGCGGAUGCCCAGAAUCUGGGUUUUUGAGUGAUGUUAGAUCUGCUGCUGGUUAACAGUUCUCAACUCAGGGUUCGUUACACCUCAUCGUUUUUACAAAGCCUUUUAUCAGUUUUACACGCCCCCAGCAAUUAUGCUGUCAUCUCGAGUCUCCGUGCACGUUUAUAAGAUACAUAUAUUUGACCGUUCUUACAGUAGACAGCGUUGUUUUUUACAUUUACAGAACAUUUUAUUAUGCAUAUUAACAACCACGUUCUUCCUGAGUUAUUAUAGUCGCUGAAUGUUUAGAGGUGGUGUGUGCACUCAGUGUGCAGCUGUGGACGUCCGUCCAUUUUUCUCUCUUGAAAAGACAAAAUGUCAAUGCCCGUAAACGGUGGUAUGUAAUACGUACCAGGAUGCCGUUGGGCGUGAUGAUUGUUGCUGUUGUGCUGGUGUCGAAUCAUGACGCUCAUGACGUGAUGAAGCAUUGAAUAAAGCAUUGACUACUA